GUGGAGCACAAGACGCGCGAGUGAUGGCAGCUCACAGGCUUUUCUUCAACGCAACUUUGGAUCUGCGUGAAGAGGAGUUGAGAGCAGCAGUUUUUGAGUUUAAAGUUUUCAACAUAGUCAUCAUUUCCUUGGCUUUGUGUGUCCUCAUCAUCACCGCUGUCUACUGCAUCAGUGUGUGUUACAACCGCAGCAGGCAAUCAAAGAGAGCACAAGUGUACGAGAGCGCAGUAACCCAGGGGGAGCCAGUGGACCCUGUUUCCAUCAGAGCGGUAAAGAGGUCUACCAGUUUCAUCAACCCACUGGCCUUUUUUCGAAGAGCAGAGACUGCUAAAGACAACUCCAGAAUAUUUUACAUCUACAGCAACCCUCUUCCCGUGGGAGCCAAGGAGGAUGAAGAGGACACUCUCAUUCAAAUUGCACUUCCAUCCAUUCAGGAGUACGCAGAGGAUCCCAACAGCGGAGUCAUCCUGGACCCGCCGAUGUUUUACAUGCAGCUCUAGAUGUGGAAUGAAACCACAAAGCGUAUUGUAGAACUAAUUUUAUAAUUGCACUUGAGACAAUGAAAAACUCGACAACUGAAAACCUUGGUUAUUUUUCAAGGAAUUUGAUGGUCAUAAUGCCAUUAUGAUUUCAUCGUUAUAACAGCCAAGAAGAUUUAGUCUUCAAGUCUAUAAAUGUUAAGGAAGGAGAUUUGAGAUGUUCAGCACGUGCUGUUUGAAUUUGAAUUACUGUACACAUUAAGAAGGAGGCAUUAGAUUAACAUUGUAUGCUAUAAUUGUGCACAAAAGCAUAGCUGACUGAGCGAUUACACUAAUUAGGCUAAAGUGGGCCAUAGACUUCAUAAUGUAUUGACAUGACACAUUCCCCAUUCACUGCGUCACGCCUUCCCCAAGAGGGCCAUCCAACACUCUACUUCAUUUAUUAGCAGUCGGUCACAUGCAGCGAUCUAACGCCGAAUUUAGGUUGAAAAGGUACAAAAGUUGUACUGCAUACAAACAGGAAGGAUUGCAUCAGGAGGAAUUUGUUCGAGGAUUCAAGGUAACUAUUAUAUUUUUCGUACCAUGCAUGCAUUUUCUAAUGAUGUGACAAAAAUCAAUGGGAGAAAUUAGCCGCUACAGCAUUGGUAUUAUACUUAUUAUAAUUUCCUUACUGACUAGCUUCAUAGUUUCAAAUAUUUCCGUAAAAUAAAUGCUACCUCCACGUUUUUUUUGCUUUUAACCAAGAAUCGAGACUGUUUUAGUCCAUAUCUAUAAAGAAUUCAGGAAUUUAAGCAUUUUGUCACAAGAAUUUUCAACGGAAAAAGCUCUUUGUUUACAUAUGGCGCCCGCUAAUUUCCUUCCUGACUAGCUUCACAGUUCGCAAUGUUUAUGUAAAGUAAAUGCUACCUGCACGUUUUUUUUUUUUUGCUUUUAACCAAGAAUCAAGACUGUUUUACGUCCAUAUCUAUAAAGAAUUCAGGGAUUCAAGCAUUUAUUCACAAGAAUUUUCAAUGGAAAAAGCUCUUUGUUUACAUAUGACGGCCACUAAUUUCCUUACUGACUAGCCUCAUAGUUCGCAAAGUUUACGUAAAAUAAAUGCUACCUGCACGCUGUUGUUUUUUUUUUUUUGCUUUUAACCAAGGAUCGAGACUGUUUUACAUCCAUAUUUAUAAAGAAUUCAGGGAUUUAAGCAUCUAUUCACAAGAAUUUUCAUUGGUAAAAGAUAUUUGUUUAAUGGCGGCCGCUAAUUUUCUUACUGACUAGCCUCAUAGUUCGCAAUAUUCACGUAAAAUAAAUGCUACCGGCACGUUUAUUUUUUUUCCUUUUAAGCAAGAAUCGAGACUGUUUUACGCCCAUAUCUAUAAAGAAUUAAGGGAUUUAAGGAUUUCUUCACAAGACUUUUCUAUGGAAAAAGCUCUUUGUCUGUGUUUCCACUCGGUCAGCUUUGACGGAGAUAGGCCCCCUAUGUAUCGGCUCCGCGCCCCGCGUCCCGUCAAUACAUUAUGAAGUCUACGAGUGGGCAAAAAAGUGACUUUACAGUGAGAUAUGAUAUAUACUGUACCCAAUCUAUCCAUUCUCUAUACUGCUUGUCCUCUGAGCUUAUCCCAACCGACAAUCAUUUACACUCACAUUCUCACCGUGGAGAUGAUUUGGCUUUGAUUAACUUUAAGCAACACUUGGUAACAUUUUAGUUUUGGUCAAUUUUAGCGUCACCGGUGGACAAAAGAGGUAGUGUUUUGCCUUAAGGAAGACUGCAUUUCCCAUGAGGAGCAACGCACCAACAGUGUCGUGAAAUCAUGAUUGCCCUGUAGCCUGCAGAUGGAUUAAACAACAUUUCUGUUUCCAGUGGGUGUGUAAACGUUGAAUAGUAAUAAGGUAAUGAAUCCAGUUGUGGCUAAACAAGCGCUGACUAGUUCAGUUAUUUGUGCGGCGUCAAGCGAGUGAAACCCGGGCCAAUGUUUGUUCGGUAUAUCCUGGUAGCCUCCCUUUUUUCCUCUUCAGACAAAACCUUUUGUCUCUUUUGUUGCUCUGCCGUCUUUGCAGAAUUCACGCAAAAGCGUUCGCAUCGACUUCCGUCUUUAUUUUGAAUAGACCCUACCCACCGACGUCACAAAAUCACGUGAUAGCUGUAUUGUUCCGCCCCCUUGUCCGUCAUUUUGUGUCUGUAUUAUCAAUGGUCUCAAUUGAUCGAGCAAUUUAUAAUGCAUUUCAUGGAAGACCUGGUGCUUUCGGAUGCCGUAAACUCACUUGAUGCGUUGCAUAAAAGGCGUUAUGUGGAAAAGCUUCAGUUUAUCCAUUCGCCAGAUCCAUAUUUGAUGCCUAAAUCGAUGUUUUUCGACCCGGUCUUCGCCGUAUUUGCCUAACAUCUGCUAGCUACCCUGAUAUGUACAACUAUCUUGUCCACACAAAAUCAGCCUAUUCUCACGAAUGUUUGAAAAACUUUAAGAGCUUGGAGGCUUAUAAAUACUUCGUUGCUGGUUGGGUGAAACAGGUCCUCGUCCACGAAAAUUCAGCAGGAAUCUAUCUUGUGCUUGGAAAGGUGAGUUACGAAAUUUUCAAUUCAAAAUCUUUUGUUCUUGCUAACAUCCACUGUCAAGUCUAAUGUAUUUCAUGUCAUUUGUCAAUGGAGCUAGGGCUUUUAAUGUUUAUAUGGUUUAGCGAUAGCACUCUCACUACAUACAUACGUGUAUGUUGUCGGCGAUUAGCCUAGCAAUGAUCUUAAUUGUGGUUGUCAGCCCAAAACCCUCUAAAUAUAUAUUAAAUGCAUCUUACCAGAUAAAAAUUGACGACUACAUAAUCUGUGGUAAUCGUUUGGAGCCCAGUUUUCUCGUCGAAUUGCAGCAGCCCAUCUCGCUCUCUCCUCUCCGGGUCUCUCAGAAUCCGGUAGAACUUCAAGUCUCUCCGUCUAUCUUCUCUGUUAUUGCAACCGACCGCCACACACGCCUUCACCAUUUUGAUUAUUAAUGUUAACGAGCAGAAAAACACGCCGUAAAUAGGAGGAAUGUACGUAGCCGUAACAGGUAAACACGAUGUGUUGACGGACAAUUGGGCGGCACCAGUCAGGAGGGCGGAGUUGUGACGUCACGUGGGUAGGGUCUAUAGGGAAAGGGGGAAGUGACAUAUGCUGUAAAGCAGUCAGCACAUUUGUAGUUUUUUUGUGUGGCAGGGUUCUUGCCACCCUCCUUAAAGUUAAUUAGUGUUGGUGAAAGCGAUACAGACCCCAUCAAGAUAUAAAAGAGGUGUCAUUCAACUAGUUGUCAGUCGACAUAUUAUCGCAAAUGUUGUGAAAAUAUUUCAUAAAGGUUGAAAAGUUACCCAGUGUUGCUUUAAAUGUACAUUGUUAAUUAUGUUGUGUGAACAACAUAUGAGGUUAUAAAGCACCUCCACAACAUUGACGUAUUUUUACGUAGUUAAAAUAGUGGCUGCUGCUGGACAAAAAAUACUUCUAAUAUCCCUCUUCUUUGAAGGGGGCGGAGGAAGCGGCAUGUUGCCAACCAUCUACAUGUAUUUUUGUUGGGGCUGUGUGCGUGUGUGUGAUGUGGCGGUGGUCGGUCAAAUGCCAAUCAAAUGUGCGUUUGAGGGGGAAAAAUGGACCGGCACGUUCAGCAAGUUAAAAGCAGUAAAUGCAAGUCUCAACAUAAGGGUAAUGGUUUUAGGAAAAUAAUUCACUUAAUAAUGGUCGGGUCAAUUCUAUUCUCACAACAUAUGGGAAGACAAUCUAAAUUACCUGUAAAACUGAACCCAUUAUACAGUCCCUGACUAAAGUCUUAUCGCUUAUCCGUUUUGUAGAAACAGUUGCUAAU